CAAGGAUUUGGUGGGUUUUGCUUAGUGGGAUUUUUGGUUUCUUUCAUACAGAGAGAGAGAGAGGUUGACACUAGCGGGAUGAUUGGUGAGCUCUCUUUUACGUAUUUGGGAAAAAUAACCCAUUUUUGAGCGACCCGUUAAACAUGGUAUUUUGGAGUUAUUCAAAUCGUGGUUUUUCUGCUUGGGCUUUGGCCCUCAUUUCACCCCAAAAAAAAAAGAAAAAAAAAAGCAGUAGUCUCUGCUGCAAAUGAGAGUGAAAAUGGAGUGUGCAACUGCAAGAAGGUUCUUUGGUCCUUCAAGUUCAAGAUUGUCAAAUCCAAGGAGGAGGAGGAUAGUGUUGAAUAGAAAUAAUGGACUGAGUGCCCACAACUUGUGCUCUUCUUCUAAAUUCAAAAUUCAAGCUCAAACCCAUCUGUCAUCAGAGGUAGGCAUUGCCAAGCAAGGAAGUUUGACUGAUUUUGGCGUUCAGGAAUUCGUUUGGCCUUCUCCUACUGAUGAAAUCCCAUUUUGGAAGAAGGGCUUCCCUUCUUGGGAUGCGAACUUGGAAGUUCCCUCUGAAGUAAAGAAAGAUUCCAAACUCAUGCACAUAAUUCAUGUCACAGCUGAAAUGGCACCAAUAGCUAAAGUUGGUGGUCUUGGUGAUGUUGUAACUGGACUUGCUCGAGCAUGUUUAUCGCGGGGCCAUAGAGUAGAUAUAAUGCUUCCUUUCUAUGAGUGUAUCCAGAGGGAGCAGAUCGAUGACUUGACGUUGAUCACAACAUAUAACUCUUAUCAUGAUGGAAAGUGGAUUCCCACUCAUGCGUAUAGUGGCACAGUUUCAGGAAUCCCAGUUAUAUUUAUUGAGCCAUCACAUCAGUUCUUUAAGGGCCAGCAUGUAUAUGGGGGUUCAUACAAUGAGCUGGAGGCAUAUCUGUUCUUUAGUCGUGCUUGCCUUGAAUGGAUGCAGCAGGUGACUGGAACACAACCUGAUAUCAUUCAUGUCCAUGAAUGGCAGACAGGUGCUUUACCCUUGCUUUAUUGGGAUAUGUAUCAUUAUCUUUCGCUUCAGAAACCGAGAAUAGUAUUGACAAUCCAUAACAUGGAGCAUUAUGGUGAAUGUAGACAAGAGCAACUUAACAUGUGCGGUCUUGACGGAUCUCUAUAUGCAACCUUUGACAAAGCAGUUGAUGAUCGAACUGUUGGCCAUAAUCCUGAGAGGUUAAGCUUAUUGAAAGGUGGAAUUGUCUACAGCAAUGCAGUAGUUACAGUUUCUCCAACAUAUCUCAAGGAAACACUCUGCUCUGGAUGGCUUUCGAAUACUUUGAUAAGACACCGUGAUAAGUACGUAGGUAUAGUAAAUGGAAUAGACACUGUGAUGUGGAACCCUUCUAUUGAUGUUUUCUUGCCUUCAAAGUUCCAUGCUCAAAACUCUGAGGGCAAAAAGUUAUGCAAAUACUAUGUCCAAAGAGGACUUGGUUUGGCCUCGAGAAACCAUGUGCCAGAUACUGCACUCAAGGUGCCCUUGGUUGUGUGCAUCACUCGCUUAGUUGCACAAAAGGGUCUUCAUUUGAUUAUUCAUGCAAUUAAGCAAGUUGAAGAACUUGGUGGACAGAUGGUUAUACUGGGAAAAGCUCCUGAUUCUCGGGUUGAAAGUGAAUUUGAAGGUCUUGUGAAUUUGCAUAACCAAGGUCCCAGCAUUCGGAUAUUGUUGAUGUAUAGUGAGGAGCUAUCCCACUUGCUGUAUGCUGCUGCAGACUUUAUACUAGUUCCUUCCAUGUAUGAGCCAUGUGGACUUGCCCAAAUGAUUGGAAUGCGUUAUGGGGCAGUCCCGGUAGUUAGAAAGACUGGCGGUCUUGCAGACACAGUCUUUGACAUGGAUGAUGAGCCAAACCAUGAGAUGGCCAAUGGGUUUGUUUUUGAAGGAAUUGAUGAAGGAUCCCUAAGUAGGGCCCUAGGUCGUGCAUUCGCUUGCUACAGAAACAGACCAGAUGAAUGGAAUGGCAUUGUUAAGAAGGUUAUGGCAGUUGACAAUAGCUGGAACAACACAGCUGGAAAGUAUAUUGAGAUUUAUGAAUCAGUGAGAGCAUGAUAGCUACAACUUUUAGAAGGGGAUUGCUACAGAAGCUUCAGUUUUCCCCGGGCUGAAAUUCCUAGUGCUGGACGAUCCUUAAUGGUGUUCAUCGGCCGUAUUUCGUUAGAAAGACGUGUUAAAGCAAGGUUUCUUCGCCUUGCAUCUAAUGAAACCACGAUGAACCCAGCUGGCAAUGCAUCAUCCCAAGGCCUUGUCUCAGAUGGUGGAAAUGUACAUUGUAAAUGCUGAUUAUAGACUAGUGGGUUUCGUUUAACUUGCUUGUACACUGGUUGGUUUUAUAUCACUCUGACGAAAAUGGUUCUGAGUAAUAGAUGACAGUAUAAAUAUAUUGUGCUAAAAA